AUGCCAAAUACAUUAUUCUAUACGUAUUUGCGCUCCAUCACUUUUCUAUUACCACUUUUACGUUCUCUGAAUGGAUUCCCUACAUCUUCCAAUUCAUAUGAAAUGUCAAAUCAUAAGGAUCUUAGUCUAAUCCUUAAUGAAAAUGAGCAUUUGUCGUCUCCGAUAGUCAGAGAAAUGUCGACGGCGGAACUCUGGUUUAAAUUGUUAACGAUCUUUACGUUGGUCAUAUUGGGUGGGGUUUUUGCUGGUCUCACGAUAGGUUUGAUGGGGCUUGACGAAACAAAUCUACAAGUGUUGGUGAUGUCAGGCGAGUUCGAUGAACGUAAACAUGCGAAAGCGGUACUCGCAUUAUUGAAUCGUGGUAAACAUUGGGUGCUGGUGACAUUGUUACUCUCGAAUGUGAUUGUCAAUGAAACACUGCCGAUUAUCAUGGAUUCUGUGUGGGGUGGAGGCUGGCCUGCUGUCCUAAUAUCCACUGCAUUGAUCGUAUUAUUUGGGGAGUUUGUCUUGCUCUUAAUGUAUUUCAUGUAUCCAGUGGCAUAUCCAAUUGCCGCUUUGUUAGAUUACUGUUUAGGUGAACAUCAUGGCACAAUGUAUCGAAAAUCUGAACUUAAGACCUUUGUAUCCCUACAUAAAAAUGGCGGUAUUGAAAGUCUUAACGAAGAUGAAGUGACAAUAAUCAGUGCAGUAUUGGAACUUCGUGAAAAACCCGUUUCAGCUGUAAUGACUCCAUUGGCGGAUGUUUAUACACUGAGUGCUCAUCAUGUAUUAGAUCAGAAAACUGUCGAUGAGAUUCUGACUGCUGGAUAUUCACGAAUUCCAAUAUACGAACCGCCAAAUCCCACAAAUUUUAUCGGAAUGCUUCUCGUCAAGAAACUUAUAUCCUAUGAUCCUGAAGAUGCGUUACCAGUCAACACGUUACCAGUCAAUGGUAUCACAUUGAGUUCUUUGCCGGAAACAGCGCCAGAGACUAGUUGUCUUGAUAUCCUGAAUUUUUUCCAGGAAGGAAGAAGUCACAUGGUGCUUGUUACCGAGAAUCCCGGUGGUGAGGGUGGCGCACUCGGUGUAAUUACCCUGGAAGACGUGAUUGAAGAAUUGAUUGGAGAGGAAAUUAUCGAUGAAACAGAUGUUUAUGUUGAUGUUCACAAAAAAGUUGAAGUGAUACGACGACCACCUCGUCAGAUGAAACCACGACCAUUUCUUGCUAUGCACCGAACAACUGGAGCUCGCGCCAACCAUCCGAAUUGGGGUCGAACAUUAUCUACCGAGAGAGCAACAAAUAAUAAUAAAGAUGACGCCGCUAUUAACAAUUCGAAAUCUAGAUCAAGAUCAAGGUCGCCGGAAAGCGUACGUAAUACAUCAGAUAUUGUGAUUGAUAAAAGAAGAGCCAGAAAAUUGGGUAAAAACGAAGAUAAAAUAAUAAAUUCUCCUCAAGUUUCUUCGCCUACUUCUGGUGUCCUUGGUACUUCUGCUCCAACCAAUUCCAAUUCAAAUGUUAGAUAUGGUUCAAUUGAAAAUUCAAGUCGAGUAGAUGUACAGCAUAAAAAUGAAAUUAAUAGUAACGGUAAUCUUAACAAUCAUAAUGAACUUAAAGGUAAAAGAUUACCCGAUCGUGAUGAUGAAUUCGAAGAGACACAAUAUCAGCAGCAGCAACAACAGCAUUCAGAACUGGAACCAUUAUUGAAAAAUUCUUGA